AUGCCCGACCGUAGAGCAGUCACCGGAGAGCGUGUUUGGUGUUACUGUGGAAUAAAUAAGUAUGGUACUACCCCCCAUGAGUGCCACAUACGCACCCGCUAUCGACAUCUAGCCGAAGCCCAGCGGCUAGACCAACUUUUGCGUGCGGGCAACAUUGAAGACGAUGAGGACAACGCUGAAAAUAGUGAGAAUGGAAUGGAUAUUGACCAUACAAUGCAUAAUGCGCAUCAGUACAAAGACCGUGGAGGGGAUUUAGGGCUUGGAGACAACAGCUUUAACAAUAUUGAUGCAUACAUGGGCGCACACCUUGACAGCAAGCUGUCUGAGUCGGAGGACUUGCAUGCCGAUUGGCACGAUAUCGACAACCCUGAUGGAUUUGCACACAUCACGGAGGAGGAUUAUCGCGAGUACGAUCGUUGGUUUGACGAAGACACUCUUGAAAUGGACAACAUUAUUGCCGAAACUCUUACCGAGGAAGAAAUGGAUAGCAUCAAGAUGAUGGCUAUACGACUGUUUGGACACAUCUCGCAGCGCAACUACAAACGUAUUCGGUAUUCAUUUCGGGAAAAAAUCUAUUUGCUCUCAGCCUAUUGCUUACACCGAAAGCUUGCUAUUCUUUCUGGGAUAUCCCCUCAACCAAUUGACUGCUGCAUCAACGUCUGUCACGCAUUCACUGGACCCUACGCCAACGAGGAUAUAUGCUCUACAUGUAAGGAGCCGCGCUAUGACUCAAAGGGAAGACCACGCCAGGUUUUUGAGUAUCUCCCGACAACCCCUCGAUUCCAGGGGUAUUUCAACAACCCGGAGAUGAUUAAGAGAAUGUAUUAUCGAGCCAACUAUACACAGGAAGAAGGCCGGAUGGAUGAUUACAUUGACUCGCAACGCUAUAAAGAUCUGUGUGAAAGUAACAUUAUUGUCGAAGGUGAGGACCUGGGAGUCCGGUAUUUUCAUGGAUCUCGUGACAUUGCCUAUGCGGUCAUGACAGAUGGCGUCAACCUAUUCGAGCAGGCGCAUUCUGAGAAAAGUACUUGUUGGCCGAUUAUGGCCAUCAAUUUAAAUCUCCCUGCAAGCGAACGCGUUAAGCUUCGCAAUUUGAUUCCCCUGGGCGUUAUCCCUGGACCGAACCAGCCGAAGGAUUUUGACUCGUACCUGGAGCCGUUUGUGGGGGAGGCGAUCGAACAGGCUCGUGGGGUUGAGACUUACGACGUCACUAGGCGGGAACGGUUCAAGUUACGGGCCCAUGCUUUUCUCAUUUCGGGCGACAUGCAGGCAAUCAAGCACGUGACCCAAAUGAAAGGACCAAACGGCAAGGUUCCUUGUCGCGCGUGCGAGGCCAUUGGUGUUUAUCAUACCUGCCGCAAGGGUUAUUACAUCCCUCUUGCUAACCCAGCCGACUACCCCGACGCAAUCCCAGACGGCAGACCUGACCCACAGGAUUUCCCGCCCGAUACAAUUCCUUCGUACAACCCACUCGAUCUCCCUCUCCGCACCAAAGCUAGGAUCGCUGACCAACUUGGAGAAAUGGAUGCUGCCAACACAAAGCGCCAACGUGAUGCCUUGUCUAAGAACUACGGACUCAUCAACCAUUCGAUCCUCGACCGCAUUCCCUCGAUUUGUCGGCCUGACUCGUACCCGCACGAAUACCUUCACUUGUUUCUUCUCAAUCAUGGCCGUGAACUUAUCUCACUUUGGACUGGAUCUUGUCACGGCAUUGAUGAUUCUGGCGACGAGGAUUAUUUGAUAUCUGCUGACGACUGGGCCGCUAUUGGACUUGAGACCGAAGAGGCUUCAAAAACACUACCUGCCGCAUUCAUUCGACCCUUGCCUAACAUUCAGACUAGCCAAGCGGUUUUUUGCGGCGAGACUUGGGCUUUCUGGCUAGUUUUUAUUGGACCAGUAGUUCUACGUGGACGGCUUGCCAAGAAAUACUACGAACAUUACCUGGAGCUUGUGGAGAUCAUGAAGUGUCUUACCUCAGUUACUAACACUACAGCUCGAAUAGAGCAACUCAGAGACGAGAUUGCUCAUUACGUCGAGGGUUUCGAAGAAUAUUAUUAUCAAUAUAAAUACGACAGGCUGUGUGUCUGUAAACUAACUCUACAUGCGCUUCUUCAUGUCGCCGACGAUGUUCUCCGCUGCGGGCCUGUCUGGGUCGCAUGGUCAUUUUGUAUGGAGCGAUACUGCCGUGAAGUCACUUUUUGCGCCAAGUCCAAAGUAGUACCAUAUGUGACAAUCAGCAAACAUGUCCUUCAUAUGGGCCAAAUCGCCGCAAUAGCAAAUCGAUUCCCAAGCAUUCGAAAGGCACUGCUCUUUGGCAAGAACGAUGCGCCGGCUCCGAUCAGUCGAAUGGAAUUUAUGUACCCCGAAUAUGAACAGCACGAUAUCAUCCUUCGAUUCCCCCGCCUCCGCGAGUUUCGUCUCAAAGGCACCAUCCGCCAACAUGUUGCCAGGUACUUUCGCACCAACAACUUUCGGCAGCUACCUCGUCUUACAUACCACGGGUGGCUUGCGUACUUACCGGAGCGAUGCAAACGCUGGGGAAAGCUCCGAAUAGGUGACGGGGGUGAUUGUAUCCGUUCGGCCGUUGCAUGCAAUCCCUCGUCUAUUUAUGGCAAACGCGACUCGUCUUUUGUUCGUUUUACAUUUCAGAGAGAUGAGAACGAGAACGACCCUGAUGCAACCGUUAACAUGAUUGGUGUGACCGGUUACGGCCGCCUUGACUUUAUUCUCGCGGUCACAUUCCCCACCGACCAAGAAAACGAAAUUGACGCCCCCACAACACACGUCCUUGCACAUAUCACCGAGGCAAAGGAUGUAGAGGGAGAUGCCGCCGAGGAAAGGAUCUCCUUCACAAAAUUUGGGCGAUCGUUCGUUCUUGACAUCACGUCUGUCAAGAACGUCGCUGGGCGCGUAUUCACACGGGCAACACGGGAGGCAGGAGAAUGGGUAAUCAUUGAUCGUAGUGGAGGAAUUUGCCGCACGGACUUCCGGGUGGACGAGCAUGACUCGGACAAUGAAGAUGGAUGGGCAAAUUAA